AUGCCUUCUCUUUUGCUCUUCUGGGUCCAUUUCUUUCUCUUCUUUGACUUCAUUUUUCCCUCACUUUCUGGCCCGUUCUUUCCUGAAAAGAAUCUCACCCUCUUUGGUGACGCCUACUUCAGAAACAAUGUCAUUGGUCUCACCCAAGAACUCAGCUGCCUCUCUUCUUCUUCUUCCCCUUCUCCUCCUCCUCCUUCUUCUUCUUCUGCGGUUGGAAGAGCUUUCUACGUCUACCCAAUUCGUUUUCUUGAUUCUACCACCAACUCCACCGCUUCUUUCUCGUGCCGUUUCUCCUUCUCCAUCAUACCUUCUUCACUCUGCCCCUCCGGCGAUGGGAUUGCGUUUUUGAUAACUUCCAAUGCCGAAUCUUUCAGCUCUUCUCGUGGCUAUAUGGGUCUUCCGGACCAGGCCUUAUACGCGCAAGACCCGUUUUUCGCUGUGGAAUUUGAUACCAGUUACGAUCCUUCGCUUGGCGACAUCAAUGGGAAUCAUGUAGGCAUCGAUGUCAGCACCAUCAUAUCAGCCGCUUCGGUUGAUGUAUUUUCGAGUGGGAUCGAUUUGAAAAGUGGUAGACAGAUUACGGCUUGGAUUGAGUACAGAGAUGCCAUGAAAAUGAUCCGGGUGUGGGUCGGGUACUCGCACAUUAGGCCUCCAAGUCCGAUUCUUGUUACCCAGAUUGACCUCUCCAAUCAAUUCAAGGAGUUCAUGCAUGUUGGGUUCUCUGCUUCUAAUGGGCAGGGCGCUUCAAUUCAUGUAAUUGAUCAUUGGCAAUUCAAAACUUUUGGGUCUCUCCCCUCAACGAUUCCGGCGGAUACCAGCGAAGAAGGGGACUGUUUCAUAUGCUUUUCGGAGGAACCGAGCAGCUCUGCUGAUUAUUAUGCAAGAAGAAAGAAGGUAGAAGAAAUAGCCUUUGGAUUGGGAGGAUUAGGUGCAUUUGUCUUCUCCGCAGUUGCAAUUUUCGCUGUGAUCUGUUUUUUCUUGAUAAAGAAAAGAGUUCAUAUCAGAAAAUGCAAAGAACGCCUAAAUUGUAAAGUUCAAACGAACAGAGUACCGGGAAGGCUGUCACUUGCAGAGAUAAAAUCAGCUACAAUGGCGUUUAAUCCAAGCAGAAUUGUUGGGGAAGGAGCAUCAGCUACGGUUUAUAGAGGGUCUCUUCCAUCGGGGCGAGAGGUGGCUGUUAAAAGGUUUGAGAGAGCCAAUAGGAUGGAUUGUAUGCGCAAUCCUUUCACCACUGAGUUUGCAACAAUGGUUGGUUGCUUAAGGCACAAGAAUUUGGUUCAGCUUCAAGGAUGGUGCUGCGAGAGAAAUGAACUCGUCCUGGUUUAUGAGUACUUGCCCAAAGGAAGCCUCAACAAAGUUCUUCACAAACAUUCAAAUUCAGCGAUUGUUCUGUCAUGGAACCAAAGGCUUAGUAUAGUUCUUGGCGUUGCAUCUGCUCUGACGUAUCUUCAUGAAGAAUGCGAGAGGCAAAUAAUCCACAGAGAUGUCAAGACUUGCAACAUAAUGCUUGAUGCCGAGUUCAACGCAAAACUUGGAGAUUUUGGUUUGGCAGAAGUCUAUGAACAUAGUUCUGUUACAAGGGAUGCUACUAUACCUGCAGGAACUAUGGGUUACCUUGCUCCUGAAUAUGUCUAUUCCGGUGUUCCGACGAAGAAAACCGAUGUUUACAGCUUUGGAGUUGUGGUGUUGGAGGUUGCAACAGGGAGAAGACCUGUUGAUGAUGGUGGAAAAGUGCUUGUGGAUUUGGUUUGGGAGUUGUGGGGAAAGGGGAAACUAAUUGAGGCUGCUGAUCGCAGGUUGAUGGGAAAGUUUGAUGUGGUGGAGAUGGAGAGGAUGCUUCUGGUGGGUCUUUCGUGUGCUCACCCAGAUCACGAGAAGAGGCCGCCGGUGAAGGAAGCAGCAAGGAUUCUUAGAGGAGAAGCGCCACUUCCAUUGUUGCCGGCGAGGAAACCAAGAGUUAAGAUUCGGCCUGUUUUGCCUGAUGAUUCUUCUGCUGAAGAUUGUCAGAGUCUUGAUGACCUGCCGUGGAUGACUCCUAAGAGCCAUCUUAGCAAGGAUUAG